CAACUGUCAGCAAGCGCUGCUGUUGGACAACCACUGAUAGAAUAUGGCGUCUCUGUCGACACAAUGCACGAGUGCCGGCGAUGCUGUGUUUGGCCCUCGGGUCAGCCUCGCCUGUCGCUCGUUUGACUUUACACUUUAUUUCGAAGAUUUGAUGUUCGCGUGCCUGCCCGCGGCUCUCUUCCUGCUGCUUCUUCCAAUCUCGGUUUGGCAGCUUUGGCACGAGCCUCGUCGCAUCAAGAGGUCUGCCCUGUUGGCUUCCAAGCUAGUGACACUUGGGGCACUAUUUGUCGUCCAAAUUGCUUUCUUAGCUCUUCGUCAGUCGCAACCUCUAACCCCCGGGCACGAUGCCUCACUCGCCGCGGAUGUGUUGGAAAUGGUGGCGGUCGCCAGUGCGAUCUGGCUGUCCUACUUAAGCCACUGCCGUUGCAUCCAGCCCUCCACGCUGCUGAUUGUCUAUCUCUCCGCUCGCACCCUGCUGGGAAUCGCCCGGGUGCGGACGCUGUGGCUCAUGCGCGUCGCCACGGCGGACGCCGCUAUCUUCACCGUCGGGAUCAGCUUCACAUUCCUAUCGUUGAUCCUGGAAUCGAUCGAAAAAGCAUCAAUUCUGACAGCAAAGACCGCAAAGCCCGCCACCCCAGAGCCAUUUAGCGGGUUCUGGAAGCUUGCAAGCUUCGCCUGGUUGGCGGGGACCUUCCGUCAGGGCUACUCCAAGGUUCUUUCAGUCCAUGAUCUGCCCGAUCUGGAUCCUCAGCUGAGCAGCGAGGUUGUUGGCCGCCAGCUUCAAGCUGCUUGGUCGCAGACUGAGAACAAAACCGCAAAGUAUGCCUUGCUCCGCACCUCGACGCGAGCCUACCUGAGCGCACUACUCGCAGCGGUCAUUCCCCGCCUGCUGCUGACGGGCUUCACCUUCUGCCAGCCAUUUCUGGUGGAUGCGACCGUGACAUGGGUCGGUAAUAGAGACGCGGCCCUGGACUCGGGAAAAGGGCUGAUCGCGGCAUUUGCGAUCGUGUACACAGGCAUGGCGGUAUUCACCGCACUCUCUGGCUACCACACCUUCCGCUUUACCGUCCGUCUCCGCGCCGGACUGAUCUCCCUCGUCCACCACCAAACCGUGCGAACCAGGGCGGUCGACCUUGGGGAGAUCACCGGAGUGACCCUGAUGGGUACGGAUGUCGAGCGGAUCACGUCGGGCUUCUUCUCUAUCCACGAUUUGUGGGCCUGCUUGAUCGACAUCGCCGUCGCCAUCUUCUUGCUUGCCAGGCAACUGGGAGUUGCGAGUGUAGUUCCGGUGGUGAUGGUCGUUGUCUUCUUUGGCUGCACGUUCAAGCUCUCGGCGUCCAGCAACACCGCCCAACGCGUCUGGAUCGAAAAGGUGGAAGACCGGAUCCGAUUCACUUCGUAUGCGCUGGAGAACAUCAAGUCGGUCAAGAUGCUCGGACUCUCCCCGAGGAUGUCUGCGAUCAUCGCGGGGUUGCGGUAUGCUGAAGUGGCUGCUUCCACGGUGUUUCGGAAACUGGUGAUCGGGAGUGUGGUGCUGUCAAACUCACCUUCUAACCUGGCUCCCAUGGCGACAUUCACACUCUACGUGAUCAUCGCCCUCGCCAAGCACAAUAACUCCAUCCUCGCUGCCAAAGCCUUUACCUCUCUAUCGCUGAUCUCACUGCUGACAACCCCAGUCUUGACCUUCAUCCAGUCGGUCCCAUCUGUGGUGGAAUGUCUGGGCUGUUUUGACCGGAUCCAGGAGUACUGCAGCAAAUCGCCUGACGCCGAUGAGUCGGAAGCAGAGCAAGACCACGACGGUAUCCCUUUAAGCUCUCUGAAGAAGCAAGCACCACAGCAGAACGGAAGUGCAGUCGAGUUCACUGGCCAGAGUUUCGCCUGGGGUCAGACAACUGCCCCGGUGCUACAGGACAUCCAUUUGAGGAUUCCAGGUCGCGCCAUAACCAUGAUAAUCGGACCGAUCGGUAGCGGAAAGACAACAUUGAUCGAGAGUAUACUGGGCGAGACGGUAUCGGCCGGAGAGGAAGUCACCAGAAACAAUUCUCCCAUCGCCUACUGCGCUCAGACCCCAUGGCUGCAAAGCCAGACCGUCCGUGAAAACAUUCUUGGAUCGAGUCUGAUGGACUCCGCCUGGUACGAGACGGUGAUUAGGGCUUGCGGGCUGGAGAAGGACAUGGCGCGUCUGCCGCGCCGGGAUCAGACGCCAGUUGUCAGCAAUGGACUGACCCUGAGUGGGGGGCAGAAACAGCGCAUUGCGUUGGCGCGAGCACUGUACGCCCGACCUCGAGUUGUGCUGCUCGAUGACAUUUUCAGUGGCAUCGACGCUACCGCCACAGAGAACAUUGCGCGCAGCUUGUUCGGAGAAAGCGGGCUGUUCCGUGCCUUCGAGACGACUGUCGUGCUUGCAACGCAUUCGGGUUUCCUUCUUCAGUUCGCAGACACGGUCGUUGUGCUACGUGAAGGCCGGGUUAUCGAAACCGGCCCACUUGACACCCUUAAGCAAAGUAAUGACUUCGUGCGCAAUCUCAAGGUAACCGUCUCGGAAGUCUUUAGCAGCGAGAGCGACUCCAGCAGCGACUUCGACAAGCUUGAACACGUAGACAAGCACGACACCAACUCAGAAGCUCUCGACUCGGCCGAUGAAGACGCCACAGACGAUCAAAGCCGCCAGACUGGAGACUUUGCGGUCUACGCUUACUACGCCAGUGCUGCCGGGCGCCUGAAUAUCGUUUUGUCGCUGGUGUUCGCUUUUAUGUGGGCCUUCUGCAAUGAAUUCUCCACCGUAUGGGUGAAUUGGUGGACGGCGGCAAACGAGAAGAGUCCGAACUCGAAAGUGGGCAUGUAUCUGGGAGUCUAUAUCUUCUUUGGACUGUCGGGGGCUAUCUUGCUGGUUGCCACGUGCUGGAUCACCAUUGUGACCAUAAUCUCCCGCUCGGCAAUCAAGCUGCACGACAACGUGUUAACCAGCACGUUCCGUGCCUCCUUCCAAUUCUUCCACAAUGCAGACAUCGGCAGCAUCACCAACAGAUUCAGCCAAGACAUGGACCUGAUCGACAUGCGCCUCCCUGUCGAAGCACUCAACGUGAUCGCAAUGCUCUCCACCUGCCUCGUCAAACUCGUGAUCCUGGCCAUCUUCGCCAAAUACCUCGCCGCAGCCAUCCCCUUCGCGGCCGCGAUCGUCUACAUGACCCAGAAAUUCUACCUACGGACCUCGCGGCAGCUGCGGUUCCUCGACAUCGAAGCCAAGGCCCCAUUGUACACGCACUUCCUGGAGCUGGUCAGCGGGGCGGCGACGAUCCGCGCGUUCACGUGGCAGCAGCGGUUCGACGCGGCGUGCACGGCGCUGCUGAACACCUCGCAGCGGCCGGUCUACCUGCUGUACUGCGUGCAGCAGUGCCUGGGCUUCGUGCUGGACAUCCUAGUGACGAUCCUCGCGGUGAUCCUCGUCGCGACCGUGGUCUUUUUACGGGAAAGGUUCGACCCCGGCGAAGUCGGCGUCGCCCUGGUCAUCGUCAUGACCUUCAACCAGACGCUGAUGCUGCUGGUCAAAUACUGGACGCAGAUGGAGACCUCGAUCGGGGCGGUGUCGCGCGUCAAGGCCUACGCCGCCACCACCGAGCCCGAGGAGCGUCACCCGGAGCUCCUGCCGGCAUUGCCGGUGCAGUGGCCGCACGCCGGGGCGAUCCAGCUGCGGGAUGUGGUGGCUAGCCAUUCACGGGACUCCACCCCGGUGCUCAGGGGCAUCACGAUGUCCGUGCGCGCCGGCGAGAAGGUGGCCAUCUGCGGCCCCUCGGGCAGCGGGAAGACGAGCCUCAUCCUGGCGCUGCUGCGCAUGGUCGAGAUCCAGGAGGGCUCCGUCAGCAUCGACGGCCACGACCUCGUCGCGUACCCGCGGGAGGAGAUCCGCGCGAACCUGACCGUGAUCACGCAGGAGCCGUUCCUGAUGACGGGCACCGUGCGUUUCAACAUCGACCCGUUCGGCGGCGCCGCGGACGAGGCGAUCAUCAAGGCCCUGCAGCGGCUGCGGCUGUGGGAGCGCAUCGAAAAGGAGGGCGGGCUGGAGAUGGCGAUGAAGCCGACCUCGUGGUCGUUGGGCCAGCGGCAGCUGCUGUGUCUGGCGCGCGCGAUGGUGCGGAAGAGUAAGGUGUUGAUCCUCGAUGAGGCGACGAGCAGUGUGGAUCACGAGACGGAGGAUAUUAUGCAGGAGGUCAUCGAGACAGAGUUUGCGUCCCACACGGUGCUGGCGGUGAUGCAUCGCCUGCGGCUGAUCCAUCGGUAUGAUCGCGUCGCGGUCUUGAAUGCCGGUGCGUUGGUGGAGCUGGAUAGCCCUGCUGCUCUGUUGGGUCGUGAUUCUCUGUUUCGCCAGCUCUACCAGUCCGGAAACGGGGGUUCAAGUCAUUGAUGCGGAGGGGUGAUGAUAGAUAAAACUAUACAUGAAGUCAUGAUACUAUACAGAGAAGAUUAAUACUACACACAUUCGG